CUGUCUAUCUGCUUCGCAAUGGGUAAUGCUUGUAAAAAAAUAAUCGGAAAGGAUUUCUUUUCCAGUUUUCAUGCUUGUUUAAUCGUUUAAUGAUUCAAUUUAGAUUAGGACAAUAAAUCAACAAUGUUGACUCCCGCACCAACAAGUAUGGCGCACCAUAGACAGGCAAGCGGUCAUGGAAUGCGUAAGAAAGUUCAGGUUUCAUUUGUUAUCCGUGACGAAGUUGAAAAAUAUCAUAGAUCAGGGGUUAAUUCACUUCAAUUUGACGGGUAUCUUGGUAGGUUAUACUCGGCUGGUCGUGAUUCUAUUAUUAGGAUAUGGAAUGUCCGAAAUUUGAAGGAACCGUAUAUCCAGUCUAUGGAACAUCAUACUGAUUGGGUGAAUGAUAUAGUAUUAUGCUGUGGAGGAAAAAAUUUAAUAUCUGCAUCAAGUGAUACUACUGUUAAAGUAUGGAAUGCUCAUAAAGGCUUUUGUAUGUCUACAUUAAGAACACAUAAGGAUUAUGUGAAAGCACUGGCCUAUGCUAAAGAUCGGGAACAAGUUGCUUCAGCAGGCCUUGAUAGAGCUAUUUUUUUGUGGGAUGUAAACACAUUAACUGCAUUAACAGCUUCAAAUAAUACUGUCACUACAUCAUCAUUAUCAGGCAAUAAAGAUAGUAUUUAUAGUCUUGCAAUGAAUCCUCCAGGUAAUGUCAUUGUUUCGGGUUCUACUGAAAAGGUUUUACGAGUGUGGGAUCCUAGAACUUGUCAAAAGCUGAUGAAGUUAAAAGGACAUUCAGAUAAUGUAAAAGCUCUAGCCAUUAAUAGGGAUGGAACACAGUGCUUAUCUGGGAGUUCAGAUGGUACCAUUCGUUUAUGGUCUCUCGGACAGCAGCGGUGUGUUGCAACAAUUCGAGUUCAUGAUGUAGGAGUUUGGGCAUUGCAGGCAAAUGAAAGUUUCACGACUGCAUAUUCUGGUGGGAGAGACAGAAAAAUUUUUAAAAUAGACUUAAGGAAUACAGAGAUAAAAGCUUUGAUAGGUGAAGAAACUGCACCCGUUUUAAAAAUGAUUUUAACUCCAGAUUCAUCAUCGCUGUGGGUUGCCACGACUGAUUCAAGUAUAAAAAAUUGGUCUGUAAAUAAUCGAAAUUGCAGAAUGGAUGAUUAUGAUACUGAAACUUUACCUCCAUUAAACCAGCAUCCUGAUCAUGUGAUCAAAGGAAAUCCUAGCAUAAGACAUUAUGCUGUUCUCAAUGACAAAAGGCAUAUUCUUACCAAAGAUACUGACAACAAUGUUCAGCUGUAUGAUGUUUUAAAAGCAUCAAAACUGGAGGAUCUGGGUCAAGUUGAUUUUGAGGCUGAGGUUAAAAAACAUUUCAAACUUGUUUAUGUACCAAAUUGGUUUUCUGUUGAUCUUAAAACAGGGCUUCUUUGUAUUCAUAUGGAUGAGCCAGAUAGUUUUGCUGCUUGGGUAUCUUCUAGGGAAUUUGGCUUAGGUCCUACUGAGGGACCUGAUCCAAAAGUUAACUUAGGAGGAUUACUACUUCAAGCUCUUCUUGAACACUGGCCUGCUACAUACUCUGCCGAUGAAGAGUUAGACAAUGGUGAUAAUGGGACUGUAGCAGAUGGUCCUGUUAAUGGUGAAAGACAAAGACCUGGAAAUCCAUAUUUUAGUGUUCCUGAGCACACACCUGUUAUCUUUAGUGAAGUUGGUGGUCGCACUCUUUUGAGACUUUUAGUAGGGGAUGCUGGACGAGAAACAGAAGAAUUAUUGCUUCAUGAAACUGUUCCUGCAUGGGUAACAGAUGUUGUUGUAGCAAAAAAUAUGCCAAGGUUCAAUAAGAUUCCUUUUUAUCUUCUGCCUCAUCAAUCAUCUGGUGCAAAACCUUUAAGAAAGUAAGUUUAU